GGGGGCAAACCUUAAUAAUGGCCACUGCCUCUGGUAUUUGUUUACAUUUUCCCUCCGGAGUUUGUAUUAUACGUAUAGCAAAUUAACACAAGUCAAUCUAGCGGUGUAUGUAUUUUACCACUUGUCUAAUUGCUGUCAUUUGCAUCCAGGUAGUGACAGGUUUUUGCUACCCGCCCCAUUAGUUUGUUCAUUACUUGUAAGCCAUUGAAGGUUGACUGUCUCUCCCUGUCAAUCUUGUGUAAGUGCACACACUUACACAUAGUGGAUGUUUACCACAGUUGAUUGCGGUCAGAUAUCAGACUGCUUUGCUUUUUCGUUUUGUGUGACCUUGCUAAAUGUUUUGCUAUUGUUGAUUCGUGUGCAGAAGGAACAUCAAAAAGAUUAUUUAAAUAUUUAAAGUGCUUUGCAGAAAUUGUAUGAGGAGAGGCAAAAACGCUCGUUUUAAUGUAUCUGAUCCUUUUCAAACCAAAUUCACUUGAUUUAUAAAGCACAUUUAAAACAAGAAAUUUGAUUACAGUAUUGUUCAGUAAUAGAAAAAUAAAUGACUGAUUGCAAAAAAGGCUCAGACAAUAAUAAUGAUAAGGAAACCUAGUGGGAAUUUAUGUAUUUUAAGCAGUUUGUUUUCAAAGUUUGCACCGCUACUGACUAAUCCUCAAAGUGUUUGGCAUCCCUUUGUAGAAACAGCUGCCAUGAAGUGUUGGGAUAACUGUAAAUGAAUCUUUUACAUCACUGUGGAGGAGUUCUGCCCCACUCUUAGUUGCAGAAUUGUUUUGAUUCGGCUACAUUGAAGGGUUUUCAAGCAUUAAUGCGUGUUUAAAGUCAUGCCACAUGUUCUCAAUCAGAUAUAAGUACAUACUUUGACUAGGACAUUAAAACAUUGUCUUUCUGAGGUGGACUUGCUUGUGUGCUGUUUUCUGCUGCUCAACCAAAGUGCAGAGCAGCCCCAUACCAUCACACCACCACCACUGUUUUUCACAGGUCAAUAUGACCUUUUUCUGAAAUUUUCUAUAUUGGUUUUAUGUCACAUUCAUCAGGAAACACACCUUCAUAAAAAUACUCACUUCUGACUCAUUGGUCUACAAAACAGUUUCUUGAAAGGUCUUGGAGGUGAUUAAGAAGGUUUUGGUAAAAGUCAGACCUGCCCUUGUGUAAGUUUGAACUUUUAGAUGAAUACCAAUCAGUCUGCUAGUUAUUGUUAAACCGUGAAGACUGACCUUGAUAGAACUUGGUUAGGCAUGCAGUUCUUUACAUAAGUUAGUGUUGUUGGAGUAAUUUUGUUUGCCCGGCCAGGCCACUUCUGGGGUGGUUCAAUACUGUUCCAUGUGUUUUCCAUUUGUGGAUAAUGGCUCUCGCUGCACUUCAUUGGAUUCCCAAAGCCAUACAAAUGGUUUUGUCACCAUUUCCUGACUGUCAAUUGCUUUAUUUUUGAUUGGUUCUUGAAUUUUAGUAGUUCUGGGCGUGAUGCGUUGCUAUUUAAGAUCCUUUAGCCUACUUUAUGUUGUCGGAUAGGUUCUGUCACUUCUUGAUUCUCCAGGUCUGGCAGUAAUAAAACCUGGUUGUGUCUCAGAAAAUGUUACUAUGAAGCUCUUCAAGGAUUGUCGAGCAUGUGAAGAUCUUGUCGUUUUGGACAAUUCAUUCACAAGCAGUGAGGAACUGGACCGGUUGGUAACCGUAAAGGGCAUGAAAACAGGGACAUCCAAAGUAAAAUAAGAAAAAAGUAAAACCUGAAGUCUAUGUGUGUGAUAUAUCUCCUACCACAACUCAAACUGAACACACACCGUGCUGCCGUGAAACCCUCGGCACCGUUAAGACACUCUAUUCCUCUUGUCAUGUGGGUACAUUACAGAAAAAGGCCCAUAUUACCCUCACUGGUAUCAGCUUCUUUUACAUCGCCAUGGACCGGAACAAACGCAACUCUAUUGCUGGGUUCCCAACAUGGCCGGAACGCCUCCAGGAGGACAGGGAUGGAACCGGAGGCGUAGGAAACUGCGAGAUGGGCCAGCCCUCACAGGUGGGCAGGGUGUGUCCGUCCUCCUACAGAGCCCUUAUCAGUGCCUUCUCCUGCCUGACACGCCUUGAUGACUUCAGCUGCGAGUGGAUUGGCUCUGGGUUUUUCUCUGAAGUUUUCAAGGUACGUCAUCGCGCUUCAGACCAAGUCAUGGCUCUGAAGAUGAACAAACUCAGCAGCAACAGGGCAAACAUGCUGAGAGAAGUUCAGCUCAUGAAUCGACUCUGCCAUCCAAACAUACUGAGGUUUAAGGGAGUGUGUAUCCACGAGGGCCAACUUCACGCUUUGACAGAGUACAUCAACGGAGGAAAUCUGGAGCAACUUCUAGAUAGCAACAAGCACCUGAGUUGGCCCGCCAGAGUGAAACUAGCUUGUGAUAUCGCCAGUGGUGUGGCCUAUCUGCACUCCAAAGGCAUAUUCCACCGGGACCUCACCUCCAAGAACUGCUUGAUCAAAUGCGACGACAACGGCUACACGGCGGUGGUGGGAGAUUUUGGCUUGGCAGAGAAGAUUCCCACCAAACAGGCUGAUGGAGAAAAGCUUGCAGUGGUUGGCUCUCCGUUCUGGAUGGCUCCUGAGGUGCUGAGAGAUGAACCCUAUAACGAGAAGGCUGAUGUUUUCUCAUAUGGAAUAAUUCUUUGUGAAGUCAUUGCAAGGAUCCAAGCCGACCCCGACUUCCUUCCCCGCACAGAGAACUUCGGCCUGGACUACCACACGUUCCAGCACAUGGUUGGAGACUGUCCGCCUGACUUCCUCCAGCUGGCCUUCAACUGCUGCAAUAUGGAUCCUAAACUCCGUCCGUCGUUUGCAGACAUCGUCCGGCAGCUGGAGGAAAUCCUCGCUCGGCUCAAAGUCGUAGAGAUGGAAAACGAGAGCGUUUCACUCACUGGCGACAAUGAGAAGAAAGCCAUGUCGAAAAGUGAGAAAAUCCAGGCCUUCAAACGACUGAAUCCUCUUGUCUGCCAAAACGAUAAGAUCCCUCCCAAAUCGCCCCGGCCCAGACGAAACAUCUGGCUCAGCCGCAGUCAGUCGGACAUCUUCUCCUGCAAACCGGGGAGGAAAAUCAACGUCCAGGACCCGUACUACAACCCGCCCAGUCCUCAGAGGAACCUCCGGACCCGCAAGAUCAACCCGUUCACGGCCCGGGAGGACCUCUGCGGGGGCAAGAUCAAGUUCUACGACGUGCCCAGCAAGUCCGUCUUCUCGUUGGUGUUUGAUUUGCACUCGCCUCCGGGAAGCGUGUUCAGCAACCAGCCGCCGACCCACGGGCCCGGAGCGUCCCAGCAGGAGACGUCCUUCUACUGGCAGCAGCUGCCAGGAAGGCAGUGCCACUCCCUACCGGUGUCCCCGCAGCUGCCGCGCUCCGAGAUGUUCCACCUCACAGACCCGGUUGGAUCCAAUAACACCGGUUCUGUUACCUGUACGUCUACACUUCUCUCCGUCACGCUUCCAGCGACAAAUUCCAGGUCCGACGCGGCGCCGAUCCUGAACGACAUGCGGCAGAAAGCGGUUCUGAGCGGCUGGGCGAGGAAGUACGUGGUGGUGGAAAUCCCACCUUUCUGCAGGCAGAGAGGAGGCUGUGCCGACGAUGGCGUGGCGCCGAGGACGGAGAACACGAGCGGGGAGAGCUGGUCUCCGAUGCUCACCGGCAGCGAAACGGACAGCGCCGAGGCCAUGGACUGCUCCGGCGGACGAGAGGAGGAGAAGCCGGACCGAGGGACGGAAAGCUGCCUGGUGUGACGAACAUUUCAGCAGGACUGUAGACUCCUACAUUCAGGGAGGUGGAGAUAUAAGACUGGAAACUUGUAUUAUUAAAAUAAAGCGCUCAAUUUUCUCUAAUCUGUCAGGUGAAUGUAUCACAUUUUGAAUAGAAGAACCACUUGAUUUAGAUAAAUAACUAUUUUUCAACCCGGUUAGCGCAAGAGACUUUUAUCUACACGCUUUCUGUAAAGAUUAUAUUCUGAAACAAAGUUGUUGAUAUUUAAUAUUUUGAGAUGUAGAUAUUUGUUCUUUUUCUCUAAGACUUUUUUGUUUGUUUGUUUCUUUGUGGGAUAUUGAUGAUCCCUUGUAUUAUGUUUGUGAGUGUGAAUUUAAAGUUGUUUUGAUCAUUUUCAGUGUUCGCUCUGUGACAAAUGCUUCUGCUAAAUUAAAGAAACAAACCCUUCCUUUUUCUGAUGAAGACGGUCUUGCACUGAUGGUCCUUUGAGAAAUUAAAAUUCACAGCAAAUUUCAGCCUAAAACAGGCAAGAGUGAAUUUUAUUUCUUUUUUAAAUUUUUAUUUAUUUGUCUCAGCUUGUUAGUCUUCAUUUUAGGUUUGUCGCUCCUUUCUAUCAAGGGUCCAAAGUGCUACAAUUUAAUAGAUAAACAAAGUGAUUAUUUAAACACAUUUUAUAAAUUUAUAUUUGAAACAAAUUGAUCUGCCUUUAUUUAAAUUUAUAAAUACAUAGAUAAUACAAAAAAUUAAAAAAAGCAUAAAUAUUUUAAAAGCUGCAGCACAUUCUGAUUAUUAUUAUCAGUCUUACCAAUGAAAAUAAGUGGGAGGGGCUAAUAUUUAUAUAGAUAAGAUGAUUGGUCAGCAGUUAAGCAAUCACAUGUUUGGGUUUAUUACAAAGGUCAGAGGCCAAAUUAAUAUUUUAUCGUCAUGCACUGUUCGGAAUAAAAUGUAAAACAAUUAAAUUAACACUUAAAAAUAUCUUUAAGACAUAUUAGAAUACAAUUAAACUUAUGUAAAAGUUAAUUUAUUUUGGUUUCUUUAAAUUAUCACCUAUAAAAAUAAGUCAAUUAUUUAUUUGUGGGAUAGUGGCACUUUUGGGGCUCCAUAGUUGUAUAUUCUGUUGAAUAUUCAAUAUUCUCUUUUAAUCCCCCAAAACCACCAGUUCAUGAAUUUCUGCUGUCAGAAUUUAAGCCAAAACACAAUUUAUUACGACCAUUUCUUGUGGUAAAGUAGCGACAACAUGGUUAAAUAUCUGCAGGAGGAAAUAGAAAUGUAGGUAACAGACCUGGCUAGUAGAAUAUUCUGCAAUUUUGCUGAAUAUUCAGUAAUAGUGGCUUCAAUUGCCUGGAUUUAAGCUGAUAAAUGAUCCAAAUUUUAUUUAAUCUUUUAACCCUCAAAAUGGUGACUUUCACUUAUAACAUCUUCAUUGUUGAUUUCUAUCAAGGACGUAUUUUUCAAACAUUUUGGUUCUGGGAUGAGGAGCAUUUUUUCCCUCAUUUCAAAAUUAUUCAGAAAAUUUGCAAAUUACUUCUUAACUCUUCACUCUGGAGGUUCGAUUGCUGCUUAAAAUGAGAACAUGGGUUUACUGUAUUGUGGUUAACUACUUGUUGACAACACAAGAAAACAGCACAAUUUGUUCUCUGUGAGGAGAAAAUAUGGCCACAAAUGUUUUUGCUAAAUGUUUCUAGAUAAUACAGCUGCUAAUAUUUUGGUUUCCAUAUCUACUAAGUGUCUAAAACAAAUUAAUGCAAGAGAUUUUCAGGUGUUUAGGUUCCUUGUUUUUCAGCAUUGAAGCGUUUUUGCAAAAACACAAUUUUACAAACUGAAUUAUCUCUAAAAUGUAUUAUUUAGGCCUAAAUCUGGUCUCUUUAACAGGAACUCAGAUGUUUAGAACCUUCCUUUGCUAUUUUCCUAUGCAAGUCUGAUUGUGUAGUUUUACAGGAUAAAGCUUUGAUAUUUAUGAAAACCUUUAAUGUCUUACUCUUUGUAUAUUUGUGUAAAACUGUGGUGUUACCUGAAACCUGUUGAAAUGUUUGCUUUUUUUCUGAUCAAAUAACAAAAUUUCCCCUAAA